AUGUGGCCGCUGCUGCUGCGGGCGGCGCGGGCGGGGGUCCCGCUGCUGCGGGGGGCUCCCGCCUCCCCAGGCAAGUGCCCCUCGCCCGGGCCGGUCCCUGACCCGCUGCUCCCCGCAGGCAGAGCCCGGCCGAGCCACAGCGAGCCGCGGGGCCGGGAUGGACGCGGCGGGGAGGAGGAGGAGGUGGAGGGGUGGCAGCAGCUGUACCCCGGGCACAUCCCCACCAGCCCGCUGCAGAAGGCGCUGCUGGCCGCCGGCUCCGCGCUGAUGGCGCUCUAUGACCCCUACAGACACGACAUGGUGGCAGUCCUUGGGGAGACCACAGGCUGCCUGGUCCUGCCAAACCUGCGAGACAAGAUGAAAAACCACCCUGAAGGUUACCGCAUCCUCCAGGAACGGCCUCGCAUCCGUCUCUCCACGCUGGACAUGGCCAGGCUGCAGGGGCUGCCGGAUGGCUCCCUGGGCCGCGAGUAUGUCCGCUUCUUGGAGGACAACAAGGUUUCUCCAGACACCCGGAUGCCACCCAAGUUUGUUGAUGAUGAAGAGCUGGCAUACGUGAUCCAGCGGUACCGGGAGGUCCAUGACCUGAUGCACACCCUCCUGGGCAUGCCAACCAACAUGCUGGAAAGCUGCAGGUCCUGGCCACCGAGCUGGUUCCCUGGGCGAUCCGGAGCGGGCUCAACGCCAGCUGUGUCCUCAACAUCUACUACGAGCAGCGCUGGGAGCAGCCCGUGGAGUCCCUGCGGGAGGAGCUCGGCAUCUUCCCGCCCCCGGCCGUCCGAGUGUGAGCACUCCGGUCGGGAGGAGCACAGGGCAUCCCUGCAGGCAGCCAGCAGCCGCCCUGCUGCACUCCACACCCUCCUGCCCUGCCCGGGGGCACAGCGUGGCUGUAGCUCUUCCACCACCGACCCGAGGGCUGUGUUUUCUCCUGCCAAGAGCUGGCGCCAGCCUGUUGGUAGAGGCCAACUGGCACCUCCCUGUGCUGUGACAAAAACUUGACCUUUUUUUGCUUGUCAUGAUUUUGGUUGCGGGAUGACAGGGUCAGAUGUGCCUUUGCCAGCUCGUCUGGUUGCUCAGGUCUCCCAGCAGCAGCAUUUGGGUACUGAUGCUCCCAAAUGCUGGGAUGGGGAGGGAGCAGCAAACUGAUGCCUUGGCCUUCUGCAGCUCCGGGGCUGUGCAGGUAAAUCCCUCCUCCCACCCUUCCCAUCCUGGGAAGAUGGAGGCUUCAGAUCUUGGGGCUGCCCUGGACUGGAGCUAAACCCAUGAUUUCCAGAGGAGCGCAGGGGCAGGCUUGGUGUGUGCAGUGGUGAAAUCCCAUUUUGUAUUUGUGCCUAACUGGUCUCCUGUUGGGUCAUAUGGGAUGGGCCUCACUUCCUGCCUCAGAGACCAGGCAGUGUGUGAUUGUGUGCCCACAGGGAAGUACCUUUGGAUAUUUUCCCUCCUGGAUUGGCUGUUUUGAGAGCUGAUCCCAGUCUGCUGUGUCUCCCUGUCCCUCCCCAUCAAAAAUGAUGAAAUCCAUAUGAUUGUGCUGGCUGUUCAGUAGGAAUCAUCCCUUCCUUGGGCAACAAAAUGACACAGUGUGGGAUUGAAUCCAGUGAGUGCAGAAACAGUGGCUGCUGGUGCUGUGUCUGGGAGCUCAUUGCUGUCUGGAUUAAUUAAACUGCUCCAGACUGCCAGCAGCCAGGGAGCGGAGUUGCUGGAUGUGAUGGCAAAGAGCCAUGAGGCCAGGGGCUCUUUGUUCACGUGUGUUUGCUGUUGGAAUUCAUUCUUGUGUAAUAAAAUCCACACUGGGGCUUGUAGUUCA